AAAAUCUACAUUUUAAAACUUAAAAGCUUACGAUUUUACGCUUCUAGGCCACCCAACCGCUUCUAGGUAGAAUCGCGCUUUUGACUGAAUUGAUUGUAAUAAUGAAAUACCACCAAGUUAUUACAAUUGGGAGUAGGCAUUGUUCGAAUCGGUCCACAACCGGAUCGAAUUAAGAUAGGCUGGACAAAAAUAAAAUCAAAGAAAAAUAAGGUCCAAAACUGGACCAAAAGCGUGUUUGGUUAAUUUGGCUCGGUUUGUUUCGAUCCAAAUUUAAUUUCGGUCCAUUUUCCUUCAUACUUAAUAAAUGAUUCAUAAACCAAAAUCAAAUCAAAAACAUAUUCGAUUCAACUCGAUCCAAAUAUCGAUUCGGUUCGAUGUGAAUCGGAUCAUUACCCACCUCUUAUUACGAAUUCCGCCAACUCCCAAGACUAAUUUUCCCCAUGCUUCUCACCCGGAGGAGUGGGCUAGGCUCUUAUUUGAUGCGUCGCCUCUCUGGGCUUCUGGUGGCCUAUCUUCAUGGACCAUUCAGGUCCAUUUCUUAUGUUACCUAGCAAGGCCCGGCCCGCAUAGAUUUUCUGUUCCCCGCCUUUUCGCCUUCUUCACCACCGCCUGCUCACUUCGGGAUCUUUCCACUUCCCGUCUCAAUUUCUCUCCCAGACCGAGAAAAUGGAGACUAAAAUCGCGGGGUCAGGGACGGUAAUCGGCGGCGACGACAGGAUCAGCAUCUUGCCGGACGAAAUCAUCUGUCGCGUCCUUUCUUUCCUGGAAACUAAGUACGCCGUCGGCACUGCAGUUCUCAGCCAACGGUGGAGAGAUCUUUGGACUAGGGUUUCCAGUCUCGAUCUCGACAGCAGCUUGGUUUACAAGCCUCUCGCCGAACCCCGUAAGCUAGAACCCGCUUCAAAUGCUUUGGAGAGGAGAGAAUGGGAGUUCCGCCGCUUCGCCAACAAGGUACUGGCCCAGCACCAGAAUCUCAAUUCUCUUACUCGUUUCCGCUUCCAUUUCGUAAGAAAGGUGCAUUCUGAAGCUGGGUUUGAGUGGGAAUUCGUGUUUGGUCCUCCAAUGGAGGAGAUUGAUGUCAUGAUCAGCGGUCACAAAUGGAUGCGCUGCAUUCCAGAGAGCUUCUACACUUUGAGGAAUCUGAAAUUUGUCACUCUUUCAGGGGUUAUGAUGGGUUCAAUAAACAAGCCUGCUUUUCUUCCAUGUGUGAAGAUUUUACAGCUUUCUAGUGUGAAAAUGAGGGACGUUGAGUCAUUAGGCAGGCUCCUAUGUGGUUUCCCUGUCCUAGAGACUCUUCUUCUGAACUGUUGCUACUUCUCUGACAAGAAUGAUGGAGUCAGAAUUGAGGUUUCCUUACCAUGGUUGAAGAACUUGAAGAUUAUCGAUUAUGAUGCCAUUUGGGGUGAUUGGAUGUUUCCUAUUGUUAUUGAAGCGCCAAAUCUCGAGGAUCUUUAUGUUGAGGCCUUUGCAGAGUUGCAGUUUAAGGGUACAAGUCCGUUGUCAUGCCUUCAUUCAGCACAUGCACAUGUUGAUGUGCGGGUCGAGAGUUAUAGUUACUUAAUUCGGCUCCUCACUCAAAUCUCCAAUGCAAAGAAAAUGCAUUUGUCGGGGAAGACUCUGAGUCCUCUGUCAGCUGUCGAUGAUGUUCAACUGCCUGUCUUUCCCAAUUUGACACAUUUGAUAAUUAGAACCAGUCAAUUCGAGGACAGUAUCAGGGUUCUGCACUCCUUGCUCAGCUCAGCUUCCAAACUACAGCUGCUUGUCCUUGAUACGGCGAAUCCCAGUGGAGAAGAGAGAAUGACUUGGGAGGAUCUAGAGACUGCUCGCACGCCAGAGUGUUUGUUAUCAAGUCUGGAAGAAAUCGAGAUCAAGGAACUUACAAUAUAUCCAGAUGUGAAGAACAUGAUAGCAUAUUUGCUCAGGGCCGGAGCUGUUCUGAAGAAGGUCAGUAUGCACGUAAAUGGCAACUAUCUCAAACGAAUGGGUCGCGAAGAUCUUAUGCCACUACUGGAACUUUCAAAAAGAUCGAGUGCUUGCAAAGUCGAGCUUAUCUUUCCCGAUGACAAAGAUUUACUUAGCGAUAGCGAUGCUGAGAGCAACACAGACAACAGCAAUGAUGAUGGCUCUAACGACGUCGACGACCGUGAUGAUGAGUUUCUUUGAAGCAUGUUAGGUGGGGAAGGAAGGAGGCUGUGAAUAACAUGAUGAAGCUGCAUUUUGAUUUCCAUUUACAUCCUAAUUCAGUAGGCUAAAGUUUCUUAUGUGCUUGAUCCUGAAUUCUGAUCAAAUCAGGCGUGACCAUGUAGGAACCAAAUCAGUUGUUCUUCGUACGCAGUUCGUGAAAAAAAAACUCGAGGUGAGAUCUUUGUGUAGCCUUGAAUAUCAACAAUCAAACAAUGUAAUGUCAAUAUAUUUCUAUUUUACAU